AUCUGCAAAUGGGUUCCUAGUACAGAAGAUAAACAUGAUAGCCCCCUAGCUCUUAUCUGGGUAACUCUCAAAGACCUUCCUUUUUUCCUUCUUGACAAAAGAAAUCUCUUUUCUGUUGUUAAGGUCUUUGGGAAACCAAUCAAGCUUGAUGAAACCACAGCAAGGGGAGGCUAUUAUCAAACAGCCAGAGUUCUUGUGGAAAUGGACGUAUCCAAACCUAAACUCUCUUCCAUCAAGGUUACUUGUAACUACUGGGUUAGAAACAUCACUGUGGUUUACGAUCAACCUCUUUAUUGCAAAUCCUGUAAACGUUGGGGACAUUGUUGCACCUCCCCGUCAACCGCCAGAAGAGUCUUGACCGGUGGUGAACUUCAGACGGGAGACAGGACCACUAAUCGUGGGUCCUUUGAGUGGACUAGGGUGGAGCGUAAAGGGAAAAAACCCAUGCACGUAAAUACAAGGAAGAGGGAGCCAACCCGCUUGCAAACAUCCAAUAAAUUCCAGGCACUUGAAGACAAGGAUUCUGCUGACAUUAUGGUUGGAGCUGGCCCAAGCUCCAUUUUCCAACCUUCAGUUAUCCCUAAGGCUAUUACUUCUUUGGAGGCGAGCCCAAGCACAGGUAAAGUAGGAAUUUUUAAUGACAAAAUACCACUUCAAACCCUUGGCUCGAUCUCUCCAGGGAACCCCUCUUCCCUCCUCGUGAAGCAAACAGCACUGGAACAUACAUCCACUCUGGACUCUCUUGGUCUCCUUUCCACAUAUGCUGAUCCUGAAACCCCUUGCACCCCUGUGUGCAUACAUUCCGAUGGUGAAGAAAUGAAUUCCUUCAAACUCAAAUUGGGUAUGACCCAUGCUGCCUCCUUCCUUCAUAACCAACUCUGGAUUUUCUGGAUGGAACCCACCCUCACUCUCCUGCAAACUGUGGAACUGGAACAGGUUGUUCACUGCCAUUUCAACUCUCCCACUUCUCCUAGUCCUAUCUGGAUCUCCUCUAUUUACGGGAAACAUAGUAGGUCCUCCAGAAAGACUCUUUGGGAAUCUAUCUCGAAAUGUAACCCUGGAACACAGCCAUGGAUAUUGGGUGGGGACUUUAAUUGCAUCCACAAUAUUGAUGAACACAAAGGGAACACCGAACCUUGCCACAACUCUAUAGAAGAUUUCAGGAAUUGCAUGGAAGCCAACAAUCUCCUUUAUCUCCCCCCUUCUGGAGGACAUUUCUCAUGGAGUGGUUCUCGGAGUAGUGGAAAGGUCUGGAGAAGGCUGGACCAUAUCUUCUGUACUCAACCAGUGCUUGAUCAGUUUCCCACUCUCUCAUUAGAAAUGCUUAGCAAAGGUAGCUCGGACCACAGACCCUUACUGCUGAAGUACUCCCUUAGCUCCUUUUCUGGACACAAACCUUUCAAGUUUCUUAACAUGUGGACUUCCCAUCACUCUCUAGAGGCUACAAUCGGGAAUUUCUGGGAAAGCAACAAAACCUUUAAUGGAAUGCAAGGUUUAGCAAAUAACUUGAAGGCUUUGAAGCCAAUCCUUAUCAAAUGGAAUGGAGAGGUAUUUGGGAAUAUUUUCCAAAAACUUAAGGAUGCCGAAGCCUCUGCCCAAACAACACAAACCUUUUAUGAAGCCAACCCUUCCCCUGACUCCCUAGUGGCAGCUAACAAGGCUAAUGCUGAGUUAGUUUUAAUUACUAAAAAGGAAGCAGAAUUCUGGCAGCAAAAGGCAGGUAUCAAAUGGAUUAAGGAAGGUGAUGCUAACUCCAAGUUCUUCCACAACUUCGUUAAAGGGAAAAGGUUAAGGCUUCAUAUCUCCUCUAUCAAAAAUGACGAGGGGAAGAUCUUGGAGGAUAAAACUGAAGUAGCUACAUUUACAGUUAACUUCUUCACCAAGUUGUACAAAGCAGAUUCUGUCUCUGGUGAUCCGCACAUUUUUAGCUUUAUCCCAAAACUUAUCAAUGAUGAGGACAAUAAGCUUAUCUGUACCCUACCUCUAGGGGAGGAAGUCAAGAAGGCAGUUUGGGACUUAAAUGAAAGCAGUGCUUCAGGGCCAGACGGUUAUAAUGGAGUUUUUUUAAAAACUUUUUGGCAUAUCAUCCAGCAAGAAGUGAUUCGGGCUAGCCAGGAAUUCUUCUUGGGGCUUCCCGUCCCGAAAUCCUAUGGAGCCACGUUACUUACCUUGAGUCCCAAGGAGGACAACCCAAAAAGUCUGGAGGACUAUAGACCUAUCUCUCUAUCCAACUUCAUCUCCAAAAUUAACACUAAGAUAUUAUCCAACAGGUUGAGAAACCUUCUGCUGAAACUGAUCAGUCCUGAACAAAGUGGCUUCCAGGCAGGUAAGGGAGUUGAUGAGAACAUUUUAUUGGCUCAAGAGAUGAUCCAUUGUUUGGAUAAUAACAGGGGGAGUGCCAAUGUUGCAAUAAAGGUUGACCUUUCCAAGGCAUUUGAUAGACUCUCCUGGAAAUACCUUGAACAGAUUCUCCUCUCCUUUGGAUUCAGCCCUACUGCUUGUCACCUCCUCAUGCCAACUCUCAAGGCCACACACUUCUCUAUUCUCAUUAACGGUGUCCCCCAGGGCUUCUUCAAAAUGGAGAGGGGAAUCAAACAGGGGGACCCCCUCUCCCCCCUGCUCUUCAUUCUUGGCAAUGAGGGUUUAAGCAGAAUGAUCAAAGCUAAAGUGGCUGAGGGAUUUCUCAAAGCUUUCAACACGGGGAGAACUCCUCCUCCCUCACAAUUAGCUUAUGCAGAUGAUAUCAUUUUUUUCCUUAAUGGCCAUUGCAGGAAUUUAUUAAAGUUUAAGGGACUUCUUGGUAAGUUCCUUGAAGCGCCUGGACACCAAAUUAAUCUCAACAAGAGUCUCUUUUACACAGGAACUAAGGUUCAGCUUGCUAUCAAGGGCAAUAUGGGGAGGGCACUGGGAAUGAGAGAAGGGAAACUCCCCAUGUCUUACCUGGGAGCAACCAUUGGCAAAGGAAAGAUGAAAAAGGCACAUUGCAAGAAAAUUAUCCUGCACUUUGACUGCUACCUUAAUACUUGGUUUAGUAAGGUUCUAAAUCAAAUGGGAAGGCUGAUCCUCAUCAAACAUGUGCUUAGUUCAAUUCCUCUUCACAUCCUGGCGGUCCAACAAAUGCCCAAAUCUGUCAUGGACAUCCUAAAUAAGAAAAUGCAGAACUUCUUUUGGGGCUACAGGGACGGGAAACCCAAAUAUCACUGGAAAAACUGGAAAAGUAUGUGCUACCCCACCAUUGAAGGAGGGGUUGGAAUUAGGCACCUCGAGGAUAUAGAGGCAGCAUACUCCUCAAAACUUUGGUGGAAGCUUCGUAAUAAUGGAGGUUUAUGGGGAGAAUACAUGAGGCACAAGUACUGUACACAAACCUUUUGUGAAAGACCAACGGACUCAAUUACUUGGAAGAGAGUUUCUAGAAUUCACAACUGGGCAUUGCAACAUGUUGAUAACUCCGAGGGUGCAGAUACAUGGGAAGGAGAGGAUUUCUCUAUCAAAGCAGCAUACAAUGCCUGGAGAGACUCUAAGCCUCUCUCAAUCUCUUGCAAGAUGAUUUGGGAUAAAACCCAAAUACCCAAGAUCAAACUCUUCCUUUGGAAAACCUUCAACAAUCUUCUUCCUUUCCCAAAUAAUUUGUCUAGAUUCAACAUGGCAUUACCAUCAAGGCCCAUCGGCCAAUUGCGUUAUAUGUCAAUGGCGGAAGGCGAGCACAUAGAUCUCGAUAUCAAGGGGCUUAGUCUCAUCGGCGAUGACGCAUCUGAGAACGAUGAUUUCCUUUUCACCUUGUCCCCUCCGCCGCCGCUCAGGCCGACCGAUAAUUGCAAGGAUUUGAACUCAGAAUUGUCCAGAACUGUGUAUGUUCAAGAAGAAAAGGAUAUAAUCAAUAACGUCAACCAGUCCGACAUGUUCGCUGAACUACAUGUAUCAGUGGAGCCAGAAAGAAGCAGAAGGAAAGGAAACUUGAAUUUACGCAAGAGCCUAGCAUGGGACGCUGCUUUCUUUACAGAUGCAGGUGUUCUAGAUCCAGAAGAGUUAUCUUCCAUGGUCAAGGGAGCUGAAAAAAACACACUGCCUAUGAUUGAUGAGAAUGUUGAUAAAUCUACAGAUACAUUAUCAACUCUAGAAAGUGAUAAUGUUCCACUCGAACAUCUUGAGGCUGAGUUGUUUGCAGACAUUAGAGCAUCAAUACAGAGAUCCAACAAAACCUCUGGUUCCAGGAAAGAAACAUCUCCUGAGGCAGACCCUGCUUCAAAAAAGGCAGAUGCCGCUUCAAGAAAUGUGCCGAAGCCUAAACUCCUUCCUAAAAGAAUCACUGGGACACACACACUGGGAAUGCCAAAGGGCCAGCAGAAACCCACUGAGGGAAUACAAGGCUCUAGGAAAGGUGUAAAACCGGACAUUCCACGUGCUACAAAGAGUGUCACCACUGUCGCCAAAUCUGGGGACUCGACAUCAUCAUCUGCUAAGCUACCAAAAAUGAUGUGUAAGGCCAAUCCCAUCCCGGCACCAAUGGCGAAAAGGGCUUCUUUUAGUGCUAAUCAACUUAAAAUUGAUCAUGACAGUUCAAAAACAAAUACUGUUUCUGGUAAAGGAAUGCAUCCGUCAAAAACAUUUGACUCAAGUAAUGCCACCAAGGUGUUACCAAAACCUACAUUGCCUUCCAAGUCCACAUCUAUGAGAUUUUCAGCUGCAACCAAGAUGCUGUCCUCAAGAUCUUCAAGUGAUAGUACUACUGGAAGUACUUCGUCUGACAAGGCAGGAAAACCUGCUUUAUCUGCUUCCAGAAGGAAGGUGCUUACAAAACAGCCUGUUAGUCAACCUUCUUCUGGAUCAACACUAAAAACUCCAUCAAAGGCCCCAUCGAAGAGCAAAGUGUCGACUGGAAAUUCUGCAGUCUCAGCUUAUAUUAUGUCUUCGAAGAUCAUCAAUUCAAACAUAUCUCCUGCUAGUUCUAUAAGUGAGUGGUCAUCUGUUUCAGCAGCAUCAUCAUCAUGUUCAAAUCUCAAUACCAGGUCAAAUAAGUCGAGGGCUAGUUUUGAUACUAGUUCUUGUAGAUCUUUGGAGAGUGUCGUUACUAGUCAGGACAUCACAAACUGGUCUAGUUCUCAGACCUCAGAAAAACCAAAUCAAGUAACAUCGCCAAAAGAAAAUCCAAUGAAUGUUCCAACAAAUCCACUAAUGAGACCAUCAGGCCUGCGGAUGCCAUCCCCGAAAAUUGGUUUUUUUGAUGGGGCUAAGUCAGUUCGCACACCCAAUGGGACUAGUAUGCAUUGCCAUCCCAUACAAAGCACCGCAAUGCCCAAAAUCGGGAAGGCCACUCUACGCAGUCCAAGUGGGAGGUCAGAUAUGAAAUCCAACAAGGUCACACUAUUGAAUGCCAUUGAUGAUCCAACAGAUAAGAAAUGCUUUCCCAGCUUUGCUCCAGAAGUUCAUCAUAAGACAAAAGAAGCAACAAUGGAACGUGCACUAGAUGAUGUACUAUUUGAUGCAGUUAAUAAUCAUGGUGGAGACAAAGACAUUCUAAAGAAUGAAAUGUGUGAAAAUGGAAACGUGAAGGCCAACGUGAUUGACAUCAAGGCCAUUGAAGAGAAGACUUCUCAUCCAUUCACAAUGAACACUGAAACCAUGGUAACUGGGCUUGAAGCUAGUAGGAUACCAUUUGCUGACAGGAACUCUGGAAAUGGUAAUUUUCUUGAUUCCUCUCUGGACGCAUCCUCCUGGAAUUGAUUACAGAAAACAAUAAUUUAUAAAUCAUUUGGAAUUGGAGUCUCCCCUACCCCUACUAGUUCCAUGUCAAUAUAGCUUGCUCCUAUCU